UCAAUUAGAAUAAUUCAGCAUUAAAAAAAGGUUCAUUGUCAUUCUCCAACAUGGUCCGCUUUGCAGUCAUUUGUGCUUCCAAUCAGAACCGAAGCAUGGAGGCGCAUAACGUGCUACUUAAAAAUGGUUUUACAGUAUCAUCGUACGGCACAGGAACAAUGGUUCGUUUACCAGGACCGACGAUUGACAAACCUAACAUUUAUAACUUUGGAACACCCUAUAAUGACGUCUAUAUAGAAUUGAAAGGCAAGGACGCAUCAUUAUACCAAUCCAAUGGAUUACUGCUAAUGCUGGACAGGAAUCGAAAAAUCAAAACUUCACCGGAACGGUUCCAAGAGAGUAGGAAGGAAUUUGAUGUGAUCAUCACUUGUGAAGAGCGCUGCUUCGAUGCGGUGUGUGAAGAUCUGAUUCAACGUGGCGAGUCGCAUAGCAAUCCAGUCCACGUAAUUAACGUUGAGAUCAAGGAUAACUAUGAGGAAGCGAUGGUUGGUGGACGGAUGAUUCUUCAUCUCGCCAAAGAUAUUGAGCAAUCGAAAGAUUUAGAUGAGGAAAUUCAACCCAUUCUGGACCGCUUCCAGCAGCGUUACCCCAAUACUUCAAUCCUACAUUCUGUCUCAUUUUUCUGAACAAGUAAUACUAUUAAUUAAACAAAC